CAAUGAUGGCUGGCUAUGUAUAGUUACUUUAAAAACCGGAUCUCUUUUAAUAGGAAUGUUGAUCAUUUAUUCAGUGUCAAGGACAUUCGGAAUUUCAUUUCUGAUGACACUUUUUUAGUUAGGGAUAAUAAUGGGGACAGUUAUUCCAUAUAUUUUGAUAUUGAAAAUCAGAUUUUUGAGAUUGACAAUGAUCAUUCUUUUCUAAGUGAACUAGAAAGUUCUUUUUAUAGUUAUCGGAAUAAGGGAUCUAAGAGUAACGAUCCCUACUAUGAUCGUUACAUGUAUGAUACUCAAUAUAGUUGGAAUAAUCACAUUAAUAGUUGCAUUGACAGUUAUCUUCAUUCUCAAAUCUGUAUUGAUACUUACAUUUUAAGUGAUAGUGACAAUUACAGUGAUAGUGACAGUUACAUUUAUAGUUCCAUUUGUGGUGAAAGUAGAAAUAGUAGUAAAAGCGAUAGUUCCGGUAUAAAAACCAGCAUGAAUGGUAGUGAUUUAACUAUAAGAGAAAGUUCUAAUGAUCUCGAUGUAACUCAAAAAUACAAGCAUUUGUGGGUUCAAUGCGAAAAUUGUUAUGGAUUAAAUUAUAAGAAAUUUUUGAAGUCAAAAAUGAAUAUUUGUGAACAAUGUGGAUAUCAUUUGAAAAUGAGUAGUUCAGAUAGAAUCGAACUUUCGAUUGAUCCGGGCACUUGGGAUCCUCUGGAUGAAGACAUGGUCUCUCUGGAUCCCAUUGAAUUUCAUUCGGAUGAGGAGCCUUAUAAAGAUCGUAUCGAUUCUUAUCAAAUAAAAACAGGGUUAACUGAGGCUGUUCAAACAGGCAUCGGCCAACUAAACGGUAUUCCCAUAGCAAUUGGGGUUAUGGAUUUUCAGUUUAUGGGGGGUAGUAUGGGAUCCGUAGUUGGGGAG